AGCAACCAAGGCGACGGUUCCAUGAUAGCGGACCCCAUCCGGUCAGCGACCGAAAGCACACGACGCCCGGAUCCGUAGAACCCCAGUCCCCAAACCCCCACCCCUCUCCCUCCUCCUCUCCGAUCUCCCGUCGCCCCUUUCCACCGCCGGAGAAACUUCCUCCCCUCGACCCUCGUCCUCCCGUCGCCCCUUCCGCCUCGCCAGCUCCGUUCUUUUCUUGGCAUCAUGGAUCUUAUGCCUGAGUUCGAUGCCGACCCUGUGGAGGAUGAUUUCUAUGGUUUCAGAGACAAUGAGAUCCAGAGGGUUGACAGUAACCAGGCGGAGCUUACCCUUCCGGCCGGCGGCAGCGUCAAUGAGGUUGAGAUGACUAAACAUGACCUCGACAGUGACAAGGAGACGGUUCCCCUUCCGGACGGCAGCAGUUUGGAGCCCAACCCUGUGGAACAGGAUGUCAUUCCUGUUGCCGUACAAGAGGUGGAGGAUCCUUUUGUUGCCCCUCCUGAGGAAAUUGCGCCCCCUUUUAUCUUUGAGGAUGGUGGGAGCACUGAUGUUGAGGAAUAUAUGCUUUGUGCCGAGGAGGAUGUUUUGCUGUAUGCUCAGCGUCUAUCUUUUAAUAACAAGCUCCCACCAUUUUGGCUGGAAAGGGUAGAGGUGAUGCUUACACAGGCUGAUGAGUCAGGUACUCACGCUGACGAGCUGUUGGCAGAAUAUGACAUGCUGGUGCAGGAAUUGGAGCUUGAGAUGGGGUUUCAAGAAGAUCAGUUCUCCGCACUCACCGUUAGUAUGAUUGUGCAUGCUGAUGAAAUGAAUGUACUCUCCAAUGAAUUGUCUGUGGAGACAAAUCGUCACCUUGGUAAUCUGGAUAUUAUCUUUCUUGAGCAUGAGAGGCUGGCCAUUCAGGAGGAUUUUCAGCUAGUGCUUGAAGAUUGCGAUAGGCUCGACAAGGUUGCUUUGGGGCUGAGGAGGUGUGCUGCCUAUUUGACUGAAUGUGUGCAAUACUACCAGCAGCUGCAGGACGGAGAAGAGAAGGGUGACGAGGUUGAGUUUCUUCCACAAGAACAAGAGGCUGCUGAAGUUGUUCUUUUGGAGUUCAAACCAAACGAAGACGAAGAUGAAGACUGGUGGCCGGAGAAUCCACAUUCAGUGCAACAAGUGAAGGAGAAGCAGACUCUGGAAGAGGAGGAAGAGGUUCCUGAGUCAUGGGAAGAUCGCCUGUGACUUGUUUUGUCAAGAGUAUGAUCAGGAGAUGGAGUUGCAAGCGGAUUCUUGUCCAUGGUGGAGUUUUCUAGGAUUGGUGUGGAGCGUCCAAUGCGGAUGAUGGUUUAACCAUUGGAAGUGGCACCAGUGCACUUUGCACAUGCUCUGUUCCCUGUACAUGGAAAUAAUACCAUCUCCGUAACUUGAUAUAAGAUGCUUUUUGACACUAGCUUAGUGUCAUCAACAUCUAGGGAUCUGCUGUUUUGAGUGACUGUCAGGGAGUUACUCUAUUUCAGGUGGCACGUGGCCAGUUCGUACUUUCUCAUGAGCUACAGCACAGUCGUCUGCACUUUUUCCAGUGAUUAGAUCGCCUUGUGUUACAAAAGGCAAACUCCACGAAUUCUGGAUUUGGUUCCUCCUAGACCUGUAGAUAUGUUGCGUGCGCUGCUAUUUUGUAUCUAUUGACAUAAGGGAGGUGUGCUCAACUGUUUAUUGUGUAGCUGGAUAAUACCUUGGUCAUGGUUCUGGAUUAGAGCGUGUAGACCAUCUGUUUUCGUUUAUUUUCAGCUUCUUUCAGCAAACUUUGCAUCCCAUGUAGUAGUACCACUAAUUAGUAGUCGAUACUACCUCAGGGAUUUUUAUUUCAAGUUGUAGUAUCGAUCCUGUAAAAGUGUGGCAAUAAGUAGUUCUUGUAA